AUGUCCAAAUGCUUCCAGUUCGUCGACGAGAACAAGGGGCCCAUCGACCCGGCCAACUUGACCAGCAACGAGGGGCCCCGCGUGAACCAGGUCGGCCUAUCCAGAAAGCACAUCUUCGAGGCCGUGGACCGUAGUGUUGAGCGUCUCGGCACCUACAUUGACAUUAUGAAGGCCCUUCACGAUGUUAUUGAGAGUGGCAAGGUCCGCUACAUUGGCGCCAGCUCAAUGGCCGCCUGGGAAUUCCAAAUGCUCCAAAACGUAGCAGCCCGCAACGGCUGGCACCAAUUCAUUUCAAUGCAAGGCCUCUACAACCUCCUCUACCGCGAAGAAGAGCGCGAGAUGAACGCCUACUGCAACGCCACCGGCGUCGGCCUCUUCCCCUGGUCGCCCCUCGCCGCCGGCGUCCUGACGCACGCGUGGACCGACCGUUCGGACCCGCGCGAGCAAAAGGACCCCUUUUUGCAGAUGCUGUUCCGCGGCGCAGAGAACGGCGCCGACAGGGCCAUUGUCGGGCGCGUCGAGGAGCUGGCGGGGAAGAAGGGCGUGAGUAUGGCGCAGGUUGCGCAGGCGUGGCUUAUUUCAAAGGGGUGCAUGCCCAUUUGCGGUUUGGAGACCAAGGAGAGGAUUGAUCAGGCUGUGGGCGCUUCAAAGGUUAAGCUGUCUGAGGAGGAGGUUAGGUAUCUUGAGGAAGCAUCCAUACGUGUGAGCAGUUAUGAGAGGCACGAGCCGCCGGCAGAGGGAUCCAACGAACCCAACGAAGAGCAAGGCAGCCUCCGAACGGUGCAAUCGACGGUUGACGAUGAUCGAUCCAGCAGACUGACGUCGAGCGCGCUCGACGAGCUCAAUGCGUCGCACAUUGACAGCAGCACUUCUGUGUCGCUAAGCAUCGACACAGACAUCAGCGACGCCGACUCGGCCAUGGGAAUUGAUCCUGGCCGCGCCUCUUCGUCCGCCUCGGUGGCAUCGAGCGUGUAUCGCUUCGUGGAAGAGUUUGGCAGGACGUAUCACGCAUAUAAAGAAGGAAAAUACUUCCUCCCCAACGAUGAGCAAGAGCAAAGCCGCCUAGACCUCCAACACGCCAUCGCCCUGCGCAUCUUCAACGACAAGCUCGGCCUCGCCCCCGUCUCCAACCCCCACCGCGUCCUCGACAUCGGCACAGGCACCGGCAUCUGGGCCAUCGAGUUCGCCGACAGGUACCCGGCAUCGGAGGUCCUCGGCACGGACCUGAGCCCCAUCCAGCCGGAAUACGUGCCGGCAAACUGCCAUUUCGAAAUCGACGACGCCGAGGACGAGUGGGCGUUUAGCCAGAAAUUCGACUACGUCCACGGCCGUUAUAUGUGCACCUCCAUCUUUGACCUUCCUAAACUCUUUGGGCAGAUCUACGAGAACCUCAACCCGGGCGGCUGGGUCGAGUUCCAAGAGACCGUCAUCGACUUCAAGGCCGUGGACGGGUCGCUCGAGGGCACGGCGCUGCGGCGGUGGAACGAUCACCUCCUCGAGGGGAUCCGCAAGGCCGGGCGGGACGCGCUCUCUGCCCUUGAGUACGCGCGGCACAUGACGGACGCGGGGUUCCAUAACGUUGAGCAGAAGAGGUUCGCGGUACCGGCGUCGCCUUGGGCGAAGGGGAGGAACCAAAAGAUUUUGGGCGCCAUGCAGAUGACGAAUAACCUUGAGGGGGUGCAGGGUAUCACGAUGAAGAUCUUUUGCCAGGUGCUGGGCUGGACCCGAGAGGACGCCGAGAUGUUGCUGAUGGAUGUGAGGAAGGAUAUGGCGGAUAAGAAUAUCCACGCGUAUAUCACGACUAUGUCGGUUUGGGGGCAGAAACCCCAGGAACCGGGACGGUCGGCCGUCUGA